GUGAAAAACCUCACUGAGGAGAUGGCAGUCCUGGAUGAGAGCAUUGCCAAGCUGACAAAAGAAAAGAAAGCCCUCCAAGAGGCCCAUCAGCAGACUCUGGAUGACCUGCAGGCAGAAGAGGACAAAGUGAACACAUUGACCAAAGCUAAAACAAAACUGGAGCAGCAAGUGGAUGACCUUGAGGGGUCCCUGGAGCAGGAGAAGAAACUUCGCAUGGACCUGGAAAGAGCAAAGAGGAAACUUGAAGGAGACUUGAAGCUGGCCCAGGAAUCCACAAUGGAUUUAGAAAAUGAUAAGCAGCAGCUGGAUGAAAAGCUGAAAAAGAAAGACUUUGAAAUCAGUCAGCUCCAAAGCAAAAUUGAGGAUGAGCAAGCCCUGGGCAUCCAGCUGCAGAAGAAGAUCAAGGAGCUCCAGGCAAGUCAUAAUUUGCCUUGCUUCUGGCUGUGCGGAGGAGUUCAG